CUUACAUUUUAUAUUUUUUCCCCAAUAUAAAAAACCAAUUAUGAGCAUGAAAAUCUUUCCCCCAGCGCUCUGUUAUUUUAUUUUAUUUUAUUUUAUCUAAAUUAAUAAUCAAAUUAUGAUCAUAAGAAAAUCUUUGGCUCAACUAUUUUGUUAUAUUUUUAUUUUUUUGGGGCGGGGGUCGCCAAAAUUUUAUUCUUAUCUCUUGGGAGCAAAUGGUUGCUGUAGUUUGUAAGUUCGGCCGUGGGCUCGUUGGAGCUCGCGCCCGUCACGAGCGCUCCAUAUUAUUAUUCAUUUUUUUAUUUCUGAUGCAGUGAGAGAAGAGGAGUAGCAGUAGGAGUGAAAACCCAAUCCCCAAUCCCCCAAUGCCCAGAUUCUUGAACCACUCCUAGCUCUCUUCGAUUUGCGUGACCCUUCCCCCAGCAUCAUCCCCCACAAUUUGAAGACAAAAUUUUCCCACACAGUGAUAGGUCAACAUGAAGAGGGAGCAUCAUCAUCUGCGCCCUCCUUCUGCUCAAGAUCUCUCCGCCGGCUGCGGAGGAGGUAGCAGCAGCGCCACCACUGGCGGUUCCAUGGCGGCCACCGGGAAGGCCAAGGCCUGGGAGGAGGCCCAGACCGACGCCGUUGAUGAGCUUCUCGCGGUGUUGGGGUACAAGGUGAGGUCCUCGGACAUGGCGGAGGUGGCUCAGAAGCUGGAGCAGCUCGAAGAGGUCAUGGGUAAUGCUCAAGAAGAUGGGCUCUCGCAAAUCGCUUCCGAGACGGUUCAUUAUAAUCCCUCGGAUCUCUCGACCUGGCUCGAGAGCAUGCUCUCCGAGCUCAAUCCUCCCUCCAAUUUCGAUUCCUUGCCGCAGGCGGCGGUGCUCGACAAUCCCUAUUUUGCUCCGGCGGAAUCUUCCACCAUCACCUCCUUGGAUUGCUCCUCCAAUCAUCACUACCAAGAACCUCCGUCGCACCACUCCCGCCAUCACCAACAUCACCACCGGUCUCGAAUAUUUGAAGAUUCUUCGUCCUGUGACUACGAUCUGAAAGCAAUUCCGGGGAAGGCAAUUUACGGCAACCAAAUCGAACAAGUUUCUUCCAGGGAUAGCAAGCGAUUUAAGCCCUCUGUGUCAUCUUCCUCCUCGCUCGACGUUUGGGGAGUGCCCCCGGAAUUGGCGCGGCCGGUGGUUCUCAUGGAUUCGCAGGAGAAUGGAAUUCGCCUGGUUCACACCUUGACGGCGUGUGCGGAAGCUGUCCAACAAGACAACCUCAAGCUCGCGGAGGCGCUGGUGAAGCAGGCCGGUAUUCUCGCUGCGUCGCAAGCCGGCCCAAUGGGGAAGGUCGCCACCUACUUCGCCGAAGCCCUUGCUCGUCGAAUCUACAGGCUCUACUCGCAAAAUCCUCUAGAUCCGAUCCUCUCAGACACUCUCCAGAUGCACUUUUACGAGAUCUGCCCGUACCUGAAAUUCGCACACUUCACCGCCAAUCAAGCCAUCCUCGAAGCCUUCGCCGGAAAAAAGCACGUCCACGUUAUCGAUUUCAGCAUGAAGCAGGGGAUGCAGUGGCCGGUGCUGAUGCAAGCUCUUGCCCUCCGGCCCGGCGGCCCACCUACUUUCCGCUUAACCGGGAUUGGUCCUCCGACGACGGACAACACCGAUCACCUGCAAGAAGUGGGGUGGAAGCUGGCUCAGCUAGCGGACACAAUUCGCGUCAAGUUCGAGUACAAAGGGUUCGUGGCCAACAGUUUGGCAGAUCUCGACGCCUCCAUGCUCGAUCUCCGACCUGGUGAGGCCGUGGCCGUGAAUUCAGUAUUCGAGCUGCACAGAUUGCUGGCGCGGCCCGGCGGGAUCGAGAAAGUUUUAUCGGCGGUGAAGCAGAUGAACCCGGAGAUAGUUACGUUGGUGGAACAGGAAGCAAACCACAAUGGGCCGGUUUUCCUGGACCGGUUCAUGGAGUCGCUGCACUAUUACUCUACCCUGUUUGAUUCGCUGGAGGGGUGCGGGGCGUCGGCGCCGGUGAACGGCGAUGACAAGUUGAUGUCGGAGGUAUACUUGGGGCGGCAGAUCUGCAACGUGGUGGCGUGCGAGGGUGGGGACCGGGAGGAGCGACACGAGACGCUGGCUCAGUGGCGAACCCGGUUCGUGGAGGCUGGGUUCGCAUCGGUGCAGCUUGGAUCCAACGCGUUCAAGCAGGCAAGUAUGUUGCUGAGUCGCUUCGCGGGCGGGGAGGGGUACCGGGUGGAGGAGAACAGCGGGUGCCUCAUGCUGGGGUGGCACACUCGGGCGCUGAUCGCCACCUCCGCCUGGCAACAGGCGAACAGAGGGGCGCAUGGUGAGCGAGCUCAGUGAGCGAACCCGGUUGAGUUGGAGCUAACACGAGCUGAGUUAGGAGGAAGCGAGUCACGAGGGAAAUGGCAAUUGGCAGGCUACCACCACCAAAGUCCAAAAUUUGCCAAAGAGGGGAAUGCCUUUGCUGGGUGCCCGCCCUGUGACUGUGAGGGACCGACACCCACCACCACCCCUCUACUGUCUGCCUUUUUCUUCUUUUCUCAGAUAUUUUGCUCAUUUUUUUUCUUUUAUAGCUUUCAUUUUUCUGUUUUAUUGUGGGGCCGGGUGGGUUCAAUGUGUAUUUAUGAACAGCCUUAAUAAAAAAGAAAAAAAAACCCAUAAAAAUCUCUUUAUCGCGGUUUAAAAA